GUCAUUCUUACGUCGAUUUCAAUUCUGUGAGACGAGCAACGCGCAGGCAGGUGCGGACACGCCAGACGUGAGGCAAGGCAAGUGAGAGUGCAUCUUCACUUUUCUGUGAUGGCAUUUUGAAGCCCAAGUGAAACUAGACCUUCACCCACUGUUACUCUCGUGUCACCUUCACUGUCCAACGCAUCCAUCAGACAGCAUAAAACCCUUCUUCCACAGUCUACAACUCCCAUCCACAAACCAUCAACUCGAUACCCAAACCACAACUACCACUUCUCAAAGGAACCUUCAUCUAUCAGACAAAAUGUCUUCCCACGGUACUCACCACACCCAUGGCCACAACCCCGAAUACCCAGCAGCCACAACCAACGACAAAGUCGUCCAGCCCCACGCCGUCGAUCCCACUGCUCCCUCUCACCAGAGCCACCAGCAUCAUGCUGGCCACACCGACCCCAAUACCAUAGGCAACACUCAAUCCUUCCAGUCCUCCGACUCGACCACUGACCCCAGCGCCAAAUCCUCAAGCAAAGUCGUCGGAGACCUGAAGGGCAUGGCACACGGCGUGACAGGCAGUCUCCAAGCAGCCACCGGCACGAUGCUCCGCAACAAGAACAUGCAAGAAAAGGGCUUCGAGAAGAUGAGUGAGGAAGAUCAACGUCUCGCUGCGAAGAGCGGCAAACCACCUGUCGGCACUACCACCGUCAGUGGUGACAGCGCUGAAGCGGCUUCGUACGGUACUGGCAGGACCACGACUGAACUCUCACACAAGUGAACAACCAGCCCCAGCGAUCACACGAUUCGGAUGAACACGAAUAGCUGAAGAAGAGCAGAUGACCUGAGACUCCAGACGGAACGGAAGAAUGAUACCAUGACGGCACCUGCAAAUUAUUGAUACCACAGCAUAGACCUUUUUCCUAUCGAC